AUGUCAAGUCCGGGCGAAGCGGUCGCGCUCGUGACUGGCGGUGUCUCUGGUAUUGGCGCAGAGUUGACACGAAAACUGAUCCGCGAAGGUUGGAGGGUCGCUGCUCUUGAUAUUGCGUCUCAAAGUGCCCUUGCUCAAAAACUUGCCGAUGAACUUGGACAGAACUUCAUGUUUUGCCAAUGCGACAUCACUCAUUACCACGAGCAAGCAAGUGCAUUUUCAGCUGCUUUUCAAAGAUGGGGCCGAAUCGAUGCUCUCUGUGCCAACGCGGGGAUCAUCGACAGGAACUCCAUUUACAUUCUCAAGUGGCGUGGGAAAACCGAGAUACCUCCCGAACCAGACCUGUCAUGCACGGAUGUUUGCUUGAAAGCAACAAUCUACGGCGUCCAACUUGCCAUUCAUUUUAUGCGACAGAAUCCCACGCCCGGCGGGAGCAUUAUUGCAACGUCCAGUAUGGUGGCAGUCCACCCGGUUGCAUCGUUUCCCGAAUAUUCUGGGGCAAAAGCCGGAGUAAGCCAGAGGGAGAGUGAUGUGUAG